UUGCAGAUGCCGAGAAAUAUCAUGCAGAGGAUGAAAAGGUUGCUCAAAGAAUUCAAGCACUUAAUGGUUUGAAGCGUUAUGCAUACAACUUGCGAAAUACACUUCAACAACUUGAAGAUGCUAUUCAAGAAGCAACUACAUGGCUCAAAAACAAUCAAGAAGCUGAAAAGGAAGUAUAUGAGCAUAAACAGAAAUCACUUGAAGAAGCUGUCAACACAAUAAUCAUGAAACUUUAUGAUGGUGAAUCUAACAGUGACUUCCCAGAAGGUCCAACGAUUGAAGAA